UCUAUAGUAAGAAAAAUACCGGAUCACAAUUAAAUCAACCAAUGGAAUUAAUUUUUGUUUUUUCUUUGGCUCCGUUGUAUGAAAAGAUGUAUUUACAAUUUGUCGAAUUUAAAAGCUUUUUAAAUAAAUCUUAAAUAAAGUGAAGCAUUAUUCGUUAUGCAGCCGGGACUACGAGAUUGCCCAUCAUACGUUCAAUAUUUUAAGCCUUUCCUUCAUAUCAGCAAAUACAACAGUAUAUGUAAAGAAAUUUUGUUACAUUCGAUUAACGCACUUCUUAAAAGAUUAUGUAAGACAUAAAUCAAAUGCCCCUUGAAACUCACGCCAUUUGCAAACUUUAAAUUCCGCAAUUUGCGUAUAUGUAUAUUAAUGCAUACAUUUUAAAUGUAUAUAUAUACAAAUGUCACUUUUAAUUCUCGACUGGUCACAUUUCAACUGAACUAAUUGAUGACCGGGAAAUUGAAGUGUGUUUGUUGAUUACUAAAAACACCAAUGCAUAUGUAUAAAUAAAGGCAUCAAAUAUUAAAUUUUUUAUUUAUUCAUUCAGUAGAGUAAUACAAAGCCAUCGAGGCAUAUUAAUCCUGAGGCCUUAAAUCUAAUUAGUACAUAUAUAUACAAAUAAUAUAUAUUUGAAAAACUAAAAGGUAAUUAUCUCUCCAGCCAAAAUAUGUAUAAAAUAAAUAAAAUAUGUAGCAAAUUAACAAACGGGUCGUUCCAAUUAAUAGUAGCAGUUCUAACACACAUAUUCGUAAAGAAAUCACAUGAAAUUAGUAAAAUAAAAUCAAACAAAGUUAGUAAAACAAAUAAAUAACAUAAAAUAUGAUAUAUUUUAAUAUAAUAAAGAUAUGAAUUAAACAUUUAAGCUUAAAGAUUUUAUAGUACAAUUACCUAAAUACAUUUCCUAUGGAUUUCGAAGAUUUAUUAGACUUUUUUUUCGUACGCAAACAGUUUAAGGAUGAUUCAGGUAUGUGUACAUCUAAAAAUAAUACAUGCCAAGUGGGACAGGUUCUUCAGUACAUUCCGCUAAUGUUAAAAGAAAUUCAAAACGUGAACUAUAACUCUUUGGAAAGGAAUCCCAGCAUUAUAAUAGACUUAAAAAGUAGAAUACGUUUUCAGUAUUGUUUGGUGUAUGGACGCGUAAUUGCUAAAGGUAAAAGUACCAAAAACGUCUGCAAAUACAUACUGGAUGAUGGCACAACUGCUCUACAAAUAAAUAUAUAUCGCAGAGAAUGUGAAUUGCACAAUUUAUGGAAAUUAGAAGUUGAACUUUACUCUCUCGAAGAACAUACAAGUUUCGAAAAUAAGACAGAUGUUCUCGCAAGUUUAAAGAAUCUCUUAAUGAAAUCAAGGGAACAGUUGUCUAAUUUUGAACUUUCACUGGGGUGUAAAGUACUUGUAUAUGGUAAACCCUCUAUUAAUAGAAAUUAUGUAUCGAUAGAUGUUAACAGUCUUAUCCAGGACUCUAGUUGCAUUUAUGAAAUAAUGUUUAAGGAUAAAUUAAUUGAUUGGUAUAACAAAAAUUUAUUGGUCUAAUCUAUGAUUUCAUAAAUUUUU